AAACAACAAACAAACAAAACAACUGUUAUUUAUGGUUGAAUUGUGUGGACGCUGUGAAAAUACGGAUCUGAGAGAUAUUGUCUGCCUGUGCUAAAGAUAUCCUCGAUGCUGAUUGGUCAGUUACAUGUCAAUAUGUAAAUGAAGCGACAUGACCGAUGUUGUGAUUGUAGGCGAUUCACACGUGAAAAGACUAGCAACUUUCCUUUCUUAUCGUGAUAAAAAAUUUGAUAUUGAAGACUGCUCCGUUCUUUGUUAUGGAAUACCAGGAGGAUGUAUUAAAAAUUCACGACAUGUUGAAAGAAUUGAAGUUUUUAUAAAGACACAUAAACCGAAAGGUCUUGUUGUACACUUGGGUGGGAAUGAUUUAGACUCUAAAGAAGUGACAUUUGAUGAAGUAAAUACAAUCAUUUUGCGAUAUGUGGCCCUUUUAAACUUGUUUGCAAAAAGAUAUUCCCUUGAAAUAAUAGUGUGCCAAUUACUGUUUCGUCAAAGAACAAGAUAUUUAACAGAUUGUACUUACAAUAAUUUUGUGAGUUUUGCAAACAAAAUUCUUAAGAAGGAAUUGUCUAAACAUUCAAAUUUAAGGUAUUGGAAGUUAAAGGGGUUAAAAAACAGUCAGGCUGAUAUAUACAAGCAGGAUGGUGUACAUUUAAAUGAGACUGUUGGCUACCAUAAAUAUUAUAGGAACAUUCGAGGUGCCAUUCUGCAUACUCUGAAAUUAAGUAGCAGUACAUGCCAGUAAAGUUUUUCGCAUCAAUCAAAGACUAGAAUUGGAAGGGAUACUCUUAAGCUCUCAAAAUGCCGCCAGCACGCAAAAGAAGAAGACUAGAUGAUACAACUAGAAAGGAGGUUUCCGAUCUGAUGUCACAGAUGCUGCAAACAAUGGUACCAAACAUUGUAGAAAUGGUUACUCAGAAAUUAAAGGGAGAUAUGUCGCAUCUGCCUACAGAGCAAGGAUCUCCUACCAACGUAUGCAGCUUGGAUGUAAGCCAACCGCCCCCAGAUAACAAUGUUGUAGCAACAGUCCAUCAAGGAGAGCCUAGUCAACAGGGUACAAGCAGUGCAGCAACCCUGCCAAGUCAACCCUUGACAAGCAGUACCCAAGAUUCAACAGUUCCGGGAACUGGCUCCACACAUGGACAAGUCUCCAUUGGAGAUCCCAUCAGAAAUAUACAAAAUCUGAAAGAGGUGUCGCAGUUCUUGUUGGACAAUGCCCUUACAGUUGGGACACGUAAUUCAUAUCAGAGAGCAAAAUUGGCUUAUGAGGAAUUCUUGGAAGACCAUUUUCCUGGAACAGUAACAUUUCCAAUUGAUGUAGAACAUUUAGUGUUGUUUAUAUCAAAUUGUUAUCAAAAAGGUCUUGCACCUCAAACUGUUUGUACAUAUUUGUCUGCAUUAGCACAUUUUAGUAAGAUGGAAGGUCAUGUUGACCCUACUCAAAAUUUUGUGAUAAAACGAACAAUUCAGGGUUUUCAAAAAUUAAAGUCCACUGCAGAUGUCAGAAUGCCUAUUACCCCUUCAAUUUUACAAAAGUUGGUAAACUCCCUUCAUUUAUGUACAUCUUCAUUUUAUGAGAAAUGUUUGUUUAAAGCAAUGUUUUUACUAGCUUUUCAUGCAUUUUUACGCAUUGGUGAAAUCACAAGCACAACAAAGUCCUCUACUGUCCUACCAUUAACAGCUAUACAAUUGGAAAAAUCUCCCAAUGCCAGACCUAAAGAAAUGAUAUUAACUCUAACAAACUUCAAGCAUCAUCAAGGCAAGCCACCUGUGACAUUUCAAAUAACCGCAGACACUGAAAAACCGGAAACUUGUGCAGUGCUAGCAAUGUUAGAUUAUUUGAAUGUAAGGGGUGAAGAAGAUGGGCCUCUUUUCAUGCUUAGAGAUCAAUCGCCUAUUACACGCCAUAUGUUCAAUGAACAAUUGAAAAUUUCUCUUACAUUCUUGGGUUAUGAUACUAAAAUAUAUAAGGGUCAUUCAUUUAGAAUUGGUGCUGCAUCAUGGGCUAAAUCAAAAGGAGUUUCUGAUGAUCAGAUUCAGCUGUUAGGAAGAUGGAAAUCAGAAGCUUUUAGAAGAUAUAUUCGAAUUCCUUUAUUAAAAUUAUAAACAACAAGUUUUGUCAUUGUAAAAUGGAAAAAUUUCUCAGCUGAUUGUAAGCAGUACAAAGUGAACACUUACUAGUACAUAAUAAGCCUUCACGUGUAUAUAUUGUUAUCAGGUACCUUUAAUUGUAGCAUAGAGAAGAAAUUCUGCAAGAAUGUGUAUAGUCCCCUCAUAAUUGGCUUGUAUUGUGGAAGGCUUAAUAACAAACUGAUACUGAAUGUGUAAUUUUAUCUGAUGUAAAAGUACUUACAAUUUAUUCUGAAUGUGUACAAGUUUGGAUAUGAGGACAGGGGCCUUUAUCCAAUGUUAUACAUUUAGUGGUUUGAAUAGAAAUAGUUGCAUGGUUGGAUACGAUGGCAAGGGUCAUUAUCCAAUGUAUAUCCAAUGUAUUGUUUGAAUAUUUCGAAGGUUGAAUAUGAGGCUAAAGGACUUUAUCCAGUGUAUAAUUUUGAAUAGUUACAAGCCUUUGUCCAUUGUUACACACUGAUUUUUGUAGAAAUAGCUACAAGAUUUGAUAUUAGGACAGGAGCCAAUGUACUGGUUUUUGAAUAUUUCCAAAGUUGGAUAUGAGGA